UUGAUAUAAAAUUCGUACAUUUGGCGGUGCUUAUUAAUCGUUGUUGGAAUAUUUUCGUGUUAAAAGCGAAACGUAUUAAAUCGUCUCUGUAAUUAUUGUUUUGACAUCUGUUCAAACAAGAAUAGAAAAUAUGCGUUUUUAUCAUUGGGGAAGACCAUUGACGUGGGCUAAACGCCACACCGCUCGCUUACACCAAAGUGUCAGCAAUGAGUGAACAACAAUACCUGAACAUCAGCCCAACCGAGAACUGUCGGUUGUCGCCGAGGACAGUGCGCGCAUGGAGGCAUUUGCCAGAUCAGAUCAAAAACGAUUCAACUUUUCGAAAUUUGAAACUACGGAUCGAAAACAUUCCCGAGUUGGUGUUUGACGAUCCAUCGGCUGGUCCGUCAUCUAGUAUGAUGACUCCGGACGAAUUCGAACCGCCCCCGACUCCAAACCGAUUGGUAGUUCCCAAAUCAUCGGCACAUAAGGGAUCAACGGAAACGUUAAUGAAGUCAAAGAAAAAAUCUAAUCGAGAAUAUUUCAUCAGAAUCGGACUGUUGUGCAUAUGGGUUUUCUGUACGCUAAUAUUGAUGGCAAAACAAGAAAGAAAAGCUGACGACGUUCAUCAAGUGACAUUGACUCCAAAUCAAACAAAAACUCAAGUGAUAUUUAAAAACUAUAUGCCUGACACAAGUAAAAUUCAAAUAGUACUGGCCGGAGCGUUUGUUCCCCAGUAUUAUAGAUACCUAGCAACACAUUUUUUUAACAUAUGGGUUGAGUUUGAAACGGACGAAGAUUAUAUGAACGCCAAAAGAUUGGGUUUGAAAGACGAAGAGAUCCAACGUAGGAACAUAACUGAAAUUUGGUCAGUGCCGAUAGUAUGCGAGUCUUUGGUCGAGAUUGUUCCAGAAAUGCAUCACAACAAGAUAUUCAUGUUGGACCAUUUGUCUACCAAUCGUACUCUUCGAGGCACCACUAGACUAUGUAUGAACACCACCUUGAGCACAAAUUUUCCUGUAGCGUUAGCGUAUGAUUUAUUUCCAAUCAAUACAGAUUACGGUAUCAUUUUCGCCGCUCUCGUAUUAAUUGGUCUCUACAUACUCAUUAUUUCAGAAGUUGUACAUAAAGCAAUUGCUGCAAUUCUUGCCGCUACUAUGUCAAUCGCCAUCCUUGCCCUUAUGAAUGAGAGACCAACAAAAGAUGAGUUAUCUUCUUGGGUAGACAUUGAAACGCUACUUCUUUUGUUUUGUAUGAUGGUCAUUGUUGGUAUUUUAUCUGAAACUGGCAUUUUUGAUUACUUGGCCAUUACAGCAUAUAAGAGGACCAAGGGUCAAAUUUGGCCACUAAUUAACACGUUAUGUUUGUUUACCGCGAUUGUGUCAUCUAUACUAGACAAUGUCACUACUGUUCUUUUAAUGACUCCGAUUACGAUUCGGUUAUGUGAAGUUAUGCAAAUGAAUCCAGUGCCUACUCUUAUGUGCAUAAUAUUUUACGCCAACAUGGGAGGUGCUCUGACACUAAUCGGCGAUCCUCCAAACGUAAUAAUUGGCACUAAUCGAGAUGUUAUUGCAAGCGGUAUUACAUUUACAAAAUUUUCAUUGCAUAUGGGUGCUGGUAUGGCGAUUAUAUUUUUAACUGUAAAUCUGCAUCUAAGGUUUAUAUUUCGUAAUAUGCGAGACUUAAAAUUUACCGAACCAUCAAACGUAACAGAAUUGAGACAAGAGUUAGCUAUUUGGCAAAAAGCAGCAUCUUCCUUGUCGUCGUAUUCAAAAGAAGAAGGCGUUGUCAGAGAUAAGUUGUUAAGGAAAUGUAAACUGAUAUUUACAAAACUUAAAGAUACUCUCAAGGGAUUUAAAGUUGACGUUAUACCAAUUGUUGAAAAACAUCAAACAUUUGACGAGUCUGUUAAAGAAUUUUUGCAUAAAGGAAGCACCUUAGAUAAAAGCCUGUUGUACAAAUGUGGCGCCACGUUAGCAUUUGUCAUCACCUUGUUCUGUCUCCAUUCUAUUCCCGAACUCAAUCUCAGUCUAGGAUGGAUAGCGUUACUGGGAACUUUGUUUUUACUUAUACUUGCUGAUCACGUAGACAUUGAAUGCGUGUUAGGACGUAUCGAAUGGGCAACUUUAUGUUUUUUUGCAGCAUUGUUCAUUCUGAUCGGAGCCUUGUCAGAGUUGGGUUUGAUUGAAUGGGUCGGAAAGCAGACCGAAAUAGUAAUCAUGUCCGUGGCUAAGGAAUAUCGUUUGUCUAUGGCCAUUAUUUUAGUUCUAUGGGUUUCCGCCAUAGUGUCUUCGUUUGUCGACAAUAUUCCACUGACUACAAUGAUGAUAAAAGUAAUUACGUCACUGUCGCAAAAUGAUGAACUAGAAUUACCGUUGCAACCUUUAGUGUUCGCUUUAGCAUUUGGUGGCUGCCUCGGAGGAAAUGGUACCGUUAUUGCUGCCUCGUGUAAUAUGGUGUGUGCUGGAGUAGCUGAGCAACACGGUUACCGAAUGUCAUUUAUGCAGUUUUUCAAAGUUGGAUAUCCUGUUAUGUUGGGCAGCGUCAUAGUGGCAACGGUAUAUUUACUUGUUAUUCACGUGACAUUUGGAUUUGUAUGAUAGCUUGUUUUAUGGUUUUGCUGUAUCUUUAGUGGUAUAAAGUUUCUGUAAAUAAGUAACAUCAAGAUGAUCUUCAGUUUUGUGCAGUGUUAUUUGAUUUUUUUUUUAAAUCAUGUGUUAUCAUGUUUAUUUUAUUUCAUUAUUAUUUUCUUUUGUCAAGAAAAAAAAAUUAUAUUUUUAAAGUAUUACCCAAUUAUUUGUUAUUCAAUAUGGUUUAAUUUUGUGUUACUACAUUUUUUAUGUUAGAAUAAAUAAAAUCAAUUAUUUUUCCUUAACCAAAGCUAUAUUGUAAUGUAUACCUAACCUAUUCAUUUUUUCAUAAUCAUAUCAACUAUUGUCAGCAUUCUGUUAUAAUCAACCACUUUUACUUUUGAAAGUUUAUAAA